AUGGGCUGCGCACCCUCGCAAAGCGAAAUAAUACAGCACAUUGCGAAAAGUACUUUUAAACCUCUGAAGAAAGCCAAGGCCCUGUCACCUGUGGACAGAGCGCCUGCCGAGAGCCAACCCUCCUCUGUUGGUGGAGGUUCGGAAAACUCUGACAAUGAAUCGAACCUGUCUGAGGAAGUGCAAGAGGAUACCAGAGGUCCCGGGAAUGAGGUUUCACAGCAACGGGGAAGAGGCCGAUGGCAAAAUAUGCCUGCAACGUUGGUGCCCACAGAACUGUCCAAAGACACCAGUGGGAAGAAACUACCAAGCAGCACCAAGACGGUAACAACCAAGGCCACUAGCUCAGAAACACGAGUUCCCCAGGACCUGAGUGUUCGGAAAGACUGCGACUGUUCCAGCAAUGGCAACACAAUUCAGCAAAGCAAGAGCAGCAGGAAAAAGGGUCGUCAUGCUGCCAAGCAGACAAAGAGUGUGAAGCUGAGGUCUAGAAGCCAAUCCAGAGGUGAAGAUGAAGAGAAAGUAAACUUUCCUACAUCACUGGUUGAAGCCCAUCAGGCAGCAUAUGCUUAUCUCAACACUAGCCUCUCUAAAUAUGACACCAUCCUGAGUCUAGCUGAUCAGGCCACGCAAACUCAGCUGAUGCUUCAACAGAUGGUAAGCUUCCUGACACUUCGCUUUGAGGAAAUCAACAAGAUGCUGGAGGAGAUAGCUGCCGACGGUGAGUGGCUGGUCAGGCACGUUGGCCCUCAUCUCACGUGGCCGACUGAGAAAGCAGACCUGAAGGAACAACCUGAUCUCCUGCAACAGCUGCUGCUUUACACAGUGAACAAGAUGCAGGCAACCAAUGGAACAGUGACCUCCCUGACCGCCACUGUCCUGCGGGAAACCUGCGACUAUCUGCGAAGUGCUACAAGCAUCUUCCAGAGAAGAUUCCUGAUGAAACAACAAGCGGACGAGAGGCUGCAAGCGCUGAUUGAUCGACUCGGAGCCUGCACAAUGCAGCCUGUUCACACCAGGCCAAGGGACGCCACCCUUUAUUCAGAGGACAGUGGCAUCGGUGCAGACACAGAUACCACAAAGGAAUACUGCACAUUGAAAGAACAUAGCAAUCCCGAGAAAGCUUCCAAAGCAGCAUGUUGCAAUCCCAAUGCUUACAUUUUGUGCAGGAACUGCCUUCUAAAUUCCACUCCCACAAACCUAGCACGAAUGCAAUCUUGUUCCUCAAAUCCGUGCUACUGUGCUCAAAGCAGAGGCACAGUUUGUUCCUCCCCACCCGGUGAGGAGAGAGCACUGUGCUCCCCACCCGGUGAGUCCGCAACCAAUGCUUUGUUGAGGCAGAACAGAUCCAUGGGGUCUCUGGGGUCGUUCACCAGCGCAGAAGGUGAGGCACUGGCUCACAGCGAGUCCAUGGACUUUUGUUCUCUAGGUGAGGGUGAUGAGGAAGGGAGUGAGUCGGAUUCCACCUCCCCUGAAGGCCCUCGGAGGCCAAAGUCGUCGCCGCCAGAAACUGCGGUGAUACGGUCUACGCUGAAAAGGAUAGAAAAGCUGGAGAAUGAGGAGAUGACCAUAAAGAUCAGAGACGCCAUCAGCCACAAAAUCCAGUUCGUCCCCACACCCACCGCGUCGCAGGUUUGGUCGGACGAUGAGAGUAAACCGCAGCCGGCCAGGCCGCACAGCGCAGGCGGACUGAGGAGACGCGGGCCGAAGAAGCGCCGCUCGAGGUCGGCCGAGUCUUUGCGCAGCAAGGCUGAGGACCCCACCCUUCUGGAGCUGCAGAGGACACAGAAGGACCUGAGCCGGCGGCUGGACAUGAUGCACCGGACCGAAGCUGAAGCCAGCCGCCGGAAGGGAGCAGGGAGUCCAGCCCGAGCCAGGCCCCAGGACGCGAAUAGCCCAGUCCGCGCCGAACUCCGGCAGGCGAGCAGCCUGACUCGCGACAAGACCCCUGACCCCGGCACCAAACUCAGGGCCUCUCUUCAACGAAAGUUCAAUGUAUUACCCAGCCAAGAGAAAUCGCCCAGCCAGGCCAAGGCCAGCAAGUCGUUGCAGCUGCUGAGUGACAGCUCCAACCCAGGAGAUGCCAAACCGUCGGCUGCGUCCCUGGCGUCCCGCCGGCCCAGUACUCCCACCCUGCCCUCGGUCCCCCAGCAACCUUGCAGGAAGCAACGUGCCAACAGCGCGCCGGAUUGCCCCGAGGCCAACCCCGCCACUGACCUCUCCCCGGUGACAGCGUUAACCGAGACGGAUGCCGAUUACUUCCCAUUGCCUCCCACAGCACUCGAGCUCACUCCCAACGCCUCAACGCUCAAUGUCAGGCAAAAUCAUGCCGUGUCGGUGGCGGGAGACGCGAGCUCCAGUGCAGGCACCAUCCCCGUUGCCCUCAUGCCAACCAGCAUCGUCUCCCCCUCAACCUCGGGAGCAUCCGAGACGACUGAUGCUAGAUCCCUCUCAACCACAGACACAUGCGCUAAUGGGGAAGCCACUGGCAUCCGGGUCUCCGUACCUAAGGCGGCAGUGACUCAGCGACUGAUGGCAUCACUGGAUUCGAUGGCCUUGUUACCCAGCAAACACAUGGGAGGCGGUGCCAGCCCGGGAGGAGCAAGGAGGCUUCAGGGGGCGGUGGAGCGCGGAGUGCGCUCGUACUGUGGCGGUGCUGACAGGAGCCAAGGGCACGCUCCUAGUGCCGAGAUACACCGCCUCUCGAAGACAUCAGGGCCGCUCCAGGACUGGCAGCCCUACAAAAUCAUCAACCUGCGCUACUCGGGCGAUUCCGGUCGCCCGGCAGAGAGCGGGCCGGCACAACCGUGGUGUCCACCCCCCUGUCCGCGCAAAGUGGCAGCUUCGCCCCGCUUGGACAGGAAGCUACCGAGUCCCCCCACCCAUCGAAGGCUUCCAAGCCCACCUACACAACAGAAGCAACCCAGCCCAUUCCUGCACCGUAAACUGCCAACACCCCCUGCUAGCUGCCGACAACCAAGCUCUGCAUCAUGUACCAGAAACUAUUCUCCACCCGUCUCACCAGGCGUCUUGCGGAAAGGGUCUACCAACCAGCUUGAGGACGACUGGGAGUCUCAGAGUUUGCCAGAGCUGACUUUGCGUGCUAGGACAGGCAAGUCCCUAUCUCCCGCCGGCUACCCUCACCCAUCAAAGUGGUACACCAGAGCUGGGCUGCUGUCACAUGCAAACAGCUACUUGGAGUGA